AUGUCCGGUCAGGGAAAUUUGCUGCGUAUGUUCCCCCUUCAACACAAGAAGAUGUCCCAAUUUUCGCUCAGAUUUUUAUCCGUCGGUGUUUGUGAAAUGAUGAAUUGCGCGGAAAGGGAAUACAUGAGCUCAUUCACUGUGCAUAACAAGUUUAACCGCAGUGCUUACGCUGGUAUCAACCCUCUUUCUUCCUCUUCAACCAUUCAGUCACCUCUGAUGGCGGAUGUCGUGGCGGCUGGACUAUUUGAUAGUUACACAGGACAUUCCUGCUCUCGGUUCAUCUCGAAGUACCUUGCGAGGGCAUUAAGUAUGCACUCCACGCUACCUGAAGAAAUUGCAUGGUUGCGGGGAGAGUUGAAGGAUGACCCACUCGUUACAGUUAUGACAUCUUCAUUAUCGCGCUCAAGGGCAAUGCAUGGGACACAAAUAGAUAAACAAGGAGGAAACGGGGAUAUGCAUACCAUUCGCCCGCUGUUCUCAGAGUGGGACAUGCAGCAAUACGCGAUGCUUGCUGAUAUAGCUUUCUUAAGGGCUUGCGAGGACUCCAAGUUUGAGAGUUCCCUACCUGCUACAGAGUUGGCUAACGAAGGGUCCCGUGCUGUGUGGUUCACAGCAACAGCCGCCCCUUUUUCAUUGCACGAGCAGCGCCGCUGCGAGCGGAGUCGUGAGGAAGCGAGCCAUUGUGGUAUGGCCCCGCCCCCUCUUCGCUCUCUCGAUAUGCCACAAGUUGCUUCAGAAUCGCAAAGGCGCGCUUCUGCGGAUGGGAAAGUUGGUAAGAAGUCACCAAAGUUCGCGGCGGAUGAAAAGGAAGACUUUGAGCGAGAGUUCUGUGUUGACGUGUUGGUGAGCAAUGUGGGUGAUUCGCGUGCUUUCGGUAUCGCCCGUAAUCCCCUCACGUGGGGGCAGCGGAGCUUGCUGGACUCAACGCGGGAACGAGUAGUACCUUUGAGCGUCGAUCACAAACCUCUACGUACGCCUGAGUUUCAACGCAUCGUUUCCGCCGGCGGAGAAGUACGCUCUGAAGUGGGUGACAUGAUUGAUGCGAACCCCUUUUAUAACGUGUCGCGUAGCUUCGGUCACUGGUCGAUGAAACGUAACCCCAAGCGGGCGCCUAGUGAGCAGAAAAUUACCGCUGUACCCACAUGUAGUUCUUGGGAAAUGUUACCAGGUGAUGUACUUGUCUUGUGUAACCAUGCAGUGUUCGAGACGCGGAGCCAGGAGGACACAUCUAUCGAUGAAGCAGCAAAAGUUGUUGCACGUGAAAUCAAACAUGGAGCCUCACCGGGGGAAGCUGCGGGAGCGCUAUGUGACUACGCACUGCGUUUCGGUGCUGGACACUCACUGCAGGUGUUAGUUGCUUUGGCAACGGAUGGGGGUGAGCACUGUCAGCAGGAUAAGUCGGGGGAGCCGUAUCGCUACGAUUCAGUGAUUCCUGGACCCAUUUAUGUACAACCAUGCCGCCAUUCCCUGUCGUAUUCCGCGGCGCUAUUAGCUGACUGCAGGCGUUGUGGUAUUACGUUGCCUGAUUUACUGGAGAAAAGAUGGCUUCACGUUCGAGAUGAGCUUUGUAGCAGAUACAAAUUACCACUAAUGUACUGUUAUGGGAAAGAGUGCAGUGCUCUUCAGCAGCAAAUGGAGGAAGAGGCUCUUCUUUUCAGCGGUGUGUCUUUCCCGCCAGGAAAGAGAGAAUUGAGCGAACUGACAGAAAAAGAAUUGAGAUGCGUUCGGGAGGAGUUUGAAAAGGUGGCGAGAUCUAUUAUGCCAUCCAAAAAUCGUUUGCCGGAAAGGAAGGUUUGA